AUGCUUUGUCAACCUUCUGAUGAAACAUUAUCAUUUUAUCGAAAUACAAUAAUAAUUCGCCUGAAAAAUAGUCUUGAGUUCAAUAGACAUGCAAUUGGAAAGAAACACAUAACAAUAGAUGCGUUUCCAGAAAGUAGUAGUACAGGUGCAGAAAAACUAAAAAGUAUAUUCAAAUAUAAUGAAAUUAUAUUUCGUGAAAAUAUAAAUACUUUAACCCAAGGGUAUAUAUUAUUUGAGGAUAAUGAUGGUCAAUACAAAGCAACAUUUAGUUGGAAACAGAACCAAGAUCAAGAAAAUAUUGCGCCACCUCUUUAUAAACCAACCUUUGAUAGUAAACAUAAUUUGCAUACAAUAUAUAAUAAUUCCUGUAAUGUGCCUUCUUUUCAUCCUAAUUUUUCACAAUCAAAUAACACAAUUUCAUCAAUAAAUAUUGAGCCUGUCUCUUAUACACAUCUUGAGCCAACAACUAUUACUAAAUCAUGCUAUAGAUAUAUUUUACCUUGCCCUCCAAUUAUAUAA